AUGGGGAACUCCCCCACCAGACCAUGCGUAUGCGUUGCAUGCGCAUGCAUGUGUGUGUACAUUUUUUUGUCUCUGGUUCGAUGUUUGUCAUUUUCAAGUUAGGAUUCAACCUGAAUUUAGCAAGGCCUUUCACGCCAUGGAGAACAUUCCGUCCACGUCAUCUUCGUCAAGUGAUGAUAUACACGAGGCAGAGGCUUGGAAAAGCUGCUUCAGGAAUUAUCUCAUCAAGCAUCAACUUCAAGAUCAAGAGGCAGCUUCAGUCGUUCAGAAUUUGACAGAGUUGAUACAACGGCCACUAGCACUAUCGGUGGCCGAGCCAGGUGCCGGGGCCCUGGCGCCUGGCGGCACUUCGUCAGCGAGCGGCACACUUGCUCCAGCAAAUACGAGGGAGUACCUCAAUGGACUGUGGAAUAAAGGCAUGACAAAUUCAAAGACGGGUGAGGCCAAACGACUUAUGACGGAAGCUGUAGCUGUGACCAAGAUGAAGUACAGUCAAAUUAAGAAUUUCAUAGACAACAGAAGGAGAAAAGAAGUCAAGGCCACACAGGACAAAAUCUCAAAAACAGGCAACAGGAGGCUCUAUGACAUUUUCAUGUCUCAAGAGCUUAACAAAUACUGUGACGACAAUUAUCUGGGAAAAGAAGAGAAACUGAAGCUUGCACAUGACUCCUGGAAGGAGUUAAGAAAUGACCCCACCACCUUGGCCAAGCUAAAGAGCUUAAAGGAAGAGGGAGCAAAGGAGGCAACAGAUCAACCUUCAGUUUACAACUCCAAGGCAACAAAGCUGCUAAUGCGCAAAUGGGUCAAAGACAUUGAUAACAAAUGCAAGGCAAUGAAUGAGCUGGGGUACGAGUCCCUCUUUCUUGCAGUACACAGAACGGAGGACGCCUAUAAUCAAACAGGAACGGAACAAGCUCUGGUUGUAGCACACCAAAAAAGGUUAAUCUCUUCAUUGGGUUCUGCGGCGAUACAAGAAGAAACAACCUCAAGAUCACUUGAGUCGCUGAGUGAUGAGGUUCUCCGGAGUAGAGUUCAGGCUCAUUUCAAUACAGCAUACAUGAAAUGCCUGGGUAAGCCGAGGACAGGGUAUGACAGAAUUGGUGCGGGGGAGGUGAGAGUUACUGGGAUGCCACCAGGAAUUCCCUUCCGCAGACCCGGUACAUACGGGAGAAAAACCAAAAUCAGAAUACUUCAAGAGGCUGCUAAUAUCAAGUUUUCAGUUGUCAGCGAGGAAGAGGGAGACAUAGCAGAAGCAGAGGUUCAGGAUUCUGAAGAUGCUCUUCCUGUUCCAGGGGAAAGGCCCAGGAGGCAAACGAAAAGGAAGAGGCAAAAUGCAGGGAAAAUGCAGAUGAAAAGCCGUAGAGAACAUGACAAAACAGAUUCUCCGCGACAGCAGGGAACUCUGGCCCUAGAGAGGAGAGCAGAUGUGACUGAAAGUGCAACCAGGGGUGCGAGAGGCGGAGCAAUGGGUGGGGCCAAGAACAGGGCUGCUGCAACAUUAUCACCCACUCCCAACGCAUCCAGCCCCCAACAAAUGUCCACAGUCCAAGAACCUAUUGCGGAGAUCUCAACCAUUCAUGACGACACUUCGCAUUCGACUACCAUAUUAAAAAACAGUGAUCGCCGCAAUCCGGAUAUUCAUCGACAAUCCGACAUCGAAUUCGUAGGAGCGGAGAUGCAGAGUGGUUUUGGUUCAACCAUGUCCUCUGUCUUGGAAAGUGCAGAGAAUUAUCAAAAAUUGGGAAAAGGGUGUAUGCGCCGAUGCAGCAGAAGCAAUUUGCGACAUUCACAGUCCGUCUCAGAUGUCAGGUCAUUAUCGGAUUCUGAAAUGACACAGCAUGAUCAGAUAGAAAGCAAUGGGAGAAUGAUAGGGUUCCUUAUGGAUGACGUGAAACAUUCCAAAGCAAGAUUUGAGGCACUAGAGAAGAGGCAGGUAGCUGGUUGCCGCCACAACAGACAAUCAACUUCAACUCAUUUUAUACCUUACGACUCUGAGAAGAAACAGGGACGAUCAUUUUUCAUCCUUCCAACCACAGACCUCAAACUGCAAGCCGAGCUCUUCCUAAUCGGAAUCGGCAGUGGAAGCGGGACACAUCUCUCUUUGAAAGUUACAGCAGACGCGGGCUACCCAAGUGAAGCUGGACAGCUCCCAUCACAAUGCCGAUUUGAGAUCCGUAUUCAUAACUUUGAUGAUGAAGAAGAAACCAGGAUGAAAUCUAAGAAUUCCGAAGAAAAUGGCGGCUCACACAUCGUGGAGUUUCCGAAGGUGAUCGAAAAGGAUGUGGUGGAGAACGAAGCACUAGGCUUCAAGAAAAAUGGCAUGCUCAAAAUCACCCUCAUUGUAUCUUGGGAUGAGGUUAUUGAUCAAUAGAAUCGUACGAUAAUCAACAAAGAAGUGCUUCUUAUUAUACAUCAUGUUCGGAGCCAGAAGGGUUUUAACUCUGUGUUAUGGUAUAUGAGUUACUGCCCUUCUGGCUCCUAACAGACUAUCCUGAUAGCUACUAUAAACAGAUGAUAUAUUAUAUAAACCAGGACUUCAACAAACUAUCCUGAUAGCUACUAAAAUACAGACAUACUAUUAAUACUUUGGUCAAAUAAGAAGACAUGAGUUUAUUGAAAGAUAUGUUCACAGUGAAGGCUUGGUCUUACCAAAUAAGAUGCCAUAAAGGUUAAUAAUAGGCUGUAGAAGACACUUAAGGAGAAAAGUCAACCAACUGAAGACAAAACAUAUAGACCUGAAGCGAAAUAACACAGCAAGUGUGCAAACGAACUGAAAAGAACAGAGUAAGGAGACAUUUUGCAAACAACUUUUAUAUUGGUGUGAUUUUAUUUAAAAGAGUGUAAAGUAAUUCAAUUCAAUUCAAUUCAAUUCAGUUUCGGUUUAUUAAU